AUGGACAUGUCAAAGGCUUUUGACAAGGUCAGCCAUACAGCUCUGAUAAACAAACUCCAACAGUAUAACAUUGGCGGAUCUCUUCUCCAAUGGUUCACAUCGUAUCUACAUGACCGCCAACAGCGCGUCACAACUCUUGGCGCUACUUCUUCCAAAAAACCAGUGUGCUCCGGUGUUCCGCAAGGCAAUAUCUUAGGACCAAUACUCUUCCUCCUGUAUGUGAAUGAUUUACCAGACGCUGUGACGAACUCGACAGUUGCGUGUUUUGCAGACGACACCAAAAUCUUCCGUAGAAUUGACUCCAUCACCGAUGCUAUGUUACUCCAGGACGACAUCAAUAACCUUCAAUCCUGGUCCACGUCAAGCGGUCUCGUGUUUAACGAAGGAAAAUGCAAAAGUAUUAGCAUUACCAGACGAAGUCAACCAAUCCAUCAUCUAUAUAGCAUCAAAGGCAAAGAACUUGCACUUACACCAGCAGAGAACGAUCUGGGAAUUUGGAUUGCGAGCGAUCUAACCUGGUCUAAACACAUUUUAGACCG